CUCACCAUCACCUCAAGUUCAGGCCCAAUAAUUACGGCCCAACCAGUACUUCCCCUUUCGAAUUCACCGACACGAAAACGAAACCGAAAAGGCGAAAAGAAAGCCAAAAAAAAGGAAAAGAAAACUAGCCGUUUCGAAUUAACAGCUAAGCUGUGGUAGGGCCCAGUGCCAGCUCCAACGGUUAUACUGAAAGAUGACCGUUGGGCAUCCCUUUCUAUAUAAUCCACCCUGCAAAUCCAAGCGAUCCACACCGAGCUAGUAGUAUCUAUCAGAGCUGCCAGCCAAUUUCAAACUUGGAAAUAGAGAGAACCAAAUCUUCUUUUUUUCUCUGAAUUGGAGUGUUGAAUUGAGAGAGAGAUGGGUAUAGGUUUGAACUCGAACCCAUCAGUGGCAGGGGCGUCUCCAUCCCACUACCACACCCACAAGGUGUUCCUUCUGUGCAACUACAUCCUCUUGGGUGCAGCCUCCAGUUGCAUCUUCCUCACCCUCUCCCUGCGCCUCCUCCCCUCCGUCUGCGGCUUCUUCGUCAUCCUCCUCCACUUCUUCACCAUUGUCGGGGCCGUCUCCGGAUGCGCCGCAGCCUCCGCAGGGACCGGAAAAUGGUACGGGGCCCACAUGGUGGCCACAGUACUCACUGCCAUAUUCCAAGGCUCAGUGGCUGUGCUGAUCUUCACCAGAACCGGCGACUUUCUUGGGGAGCUCAAGUCCUAUGUGAGGGAAGAGGAUGCCUCUGUCAUUCUCAAAUUGGGGGGUGGCCUCAGCAUUUUGAUCUUCUGCUUGGAGUGGGUGGUCUUGACCCUUGCCUUUUUCCUGAAGUACUAUGCCUCUGUUGAAGGCGACCAUAUUCAGCUGGGCGGGAAUUCCAGAGCUGCUAUGAGGAGUUCCAAGGUGCAACAAGAGGAGGAUCUCAAGGAUUGGCCAUGGCCCUUCCAAGUCUAAUGCAUUUUACUUUACUGUCGCUUAUAUAAUUCAUUCGUUUAUUCAAUUCAAUGCUUGGAAUUUGGGAAAUUCCUGAGGGAGUUUCUUAUGAUUCGUACUGUAAGUCUGUAAUUUCCUCUUGUUUCUCUACCUCGUUGUGGUGGUGUAAGAAUAUCUAUGGAAUUGAUCUAAAAUUCUUACUUUCUCUGCGUGCUAAUGGCUCAAGCACCUUGUUUCAUGGUAUGUCAAAACAA